AUGAGCUUCACACGCGUGAUGCGCCGAGGUCGCAUCCUCUUUGCGCUGUCUCUCGCUGCUCUCUCUAUUUGGUAUCUGGCAACCCGGGAUGGGCUUGAUCAGAGAGCAUCCCGAGUCAAAGAAGUACAAGUGACGUACUCCCACAACAUAAAUGAGCAUGUCGACUUCUGGCGCGAGUUUCAGCCUCUAUUGCUGGCAUAUGAGCCACAAUGCAAGCCUCCACGACGUCUUGGAAAUGCACCUGCAUCUGGCUUCAAGCCAUCAGACCCAAUCGCUCGACCAGAGCUUUUGAAGAUGUCUGCCAAGGAGGUGCUGAUGAUGAAGAAUGCACACAGUGACUUUGUGAAAGCCAUCAGCACGGAUGUGCCCCAGCUCUCCUAUAUUCCAGGGACUAAGGGCUUGGUGACUACUGCAGGAGGCUCAUAUCUACCAGUCUUGGUAGUUUCGCUUCGCAUGUUACGUCGCACAGGUUCAAAGCUCCCCGUGGAGGUAUUUCUGGCUACGCAUGACGAGUACGAGGAAAACAUUUGCGACAAAGUGCUGCCAUCACUGAACGCAAAAUGCAUUAUUAUGACAGACAUUAUCAACGCUGUGCCAGGAGCGGCCAAGAUUGAAAAGUAUCAAUUGAAGCCGUUCGCAAUGUUAUUCUCCUCGUUCGAAGAAAUCUUGUUCCUUGAUGCCGACGCCUUCCCAAUCACCAAGCCUGAGUCGCUUUUCGAGAAUGAGCCCUUCCAAAGUACCAAGAUGGUUACUUGGCCAGACUUUUGGGCUUCAUCCGCUUCUCCAUUCUAUUAUGAGAUCUCUUCUCAGGAAGUGGUGUCGAUGAAUUCACGACAGUCAACAGAAUCUGGGGAACUUCUUAUUUCCAAGAAGACACAUCUAAAGACGCUUCUGCUUUGCACCUACUACAACUUCUGGGGCCCUACACACUAUUACCGUCUUUUGUCACAGGGUGCAGCAGGGGAGGGAGACAAGGAAACUUUCAUCACUGCCGCUGCUGCACUAGGCGAACCAUUUUACCAAGUCAGCGAGCCUAUUUGCGCCAUGGGACAUCGAACAGCAGGUGGACUUGCUGGAUCGGCGAUGGUUCAGUUCAAUCCUAUCGAGGACUACAAGCUCGUACAAAAGGGGGAAUGGCGUGUGAACGGGUCAAAGGCGUCAGCUCCGCAUCCCUUCUUCAUCCAUGCGAAUUUUCCCAAGUUCAACCCAGCAACCGUUUUCUCCAAGGAACAUGCUGUCAAGCCUGCUUUCAAUGAUGACUGGUCCUACACACGGGCAUGGACCAUCCCAGAAGAGACCAUUAAAGCUUUUGGUCGUGACGUUGAGAAGCAGUUUUGGGCAGACAUACUUUGGACUGGAUGUGAGCUGGAAACGGAGUUUGAGAGUUGGAAGAACAUCACUGGUAUUUGUAGCGGUGUGAAGAAAUACUGGGAAGCUCAGUUUGGAUCGGAAAAUCCGGCCAGUGUAUAG